UACUGCAUACAAAACAAUAUUAUUAAAGUGUCGUUGCUUGCGAAGCAUUAUUUUAAAUGUUGUGAUUAAUGCAAAUUAUUCAGUGAAGAAUGUGGUUUAAGAUUUUUCUAACUAUAAAUUGUAUCUCUAUUACAAUAUAUGCUAUAAUAUUUGAUAGAGAGUAUAUUCCCGAUGAAAAUGACGUGACAUUUCAUUUAUAUCACAGUAGUGACCUUUCGAUAUGUGAUCAACUAUUCGUAGAUGAUCCACAGUCAGUGGAUUUAUCUAGAUUCGAUCCAAACCUCCCGACAAAAUUUAUAAUCCACGGUUGGACGCAUGGAAGAGACGUUCCAUGGGUGGUCGAAAUGAGAGAAGCCAUGGCGAGUUUGAAUUUGUGGAAUGUAAUAGUGGUAGACUGGGCGCCACUCUCCCAUUCAAUCUACGAGGAAACUCGCGAGCAUACCCCCAUAGUCUCCAAUCAGUUGGCGAAGUUGCUUGAUAACCUUUCCAAAUACCAAGACGUUCCGAUGUCCUCGAUUCACUUGAUAGGUCACAGCAUGGGCGGUCAAAUAUCAGCGUCCGCAGCCUACAAGAUCAAAUAUCUGACGGACGAAACAAUCGGCAGGAUAACUGGAUUAGAUCCCGCGGCCCCGUUGUUCGAAUGGCCCGAACCGGAGAAUCUGGACGAACUUUUGGAUCCCUCAGACGCCACUUUCGUAGAUGUCAUUCACACAAAUGCGGGGCAUUUGGGAAUGAUCCGACCUGCUGGACAUGUCGACUACUAUCCCAAUGGGGGUGAUUGGCAACCCGGAUGUGGAUUUUGGAUUUGUUCGCACAUGAGGGCAGUGGAAUUUUGGACGGCCUCUAUUAGGAAUCCGUAUUUGUUUAAAGCGUUUCCGUACAAUUCUUGGGAUGAAUACUUGACUGAAGAUGGGAAUGGUUUGAAGGGAGUGCCGAUGGGAAUUGCCGCCGGUCCUGAAAUACCCUAUGGGGUGUAUUAUUUGAAGACCAACAAUGAGGAACAAGACUAUGUGUUUUCAAAAACCACUUUGUUUGAUAGUCGUGUAGACAAAAUAAAGAUUAACAAGUAAUUAAACAACAUUUUGAUCAUUUAUUGUUCUGUUAAAACCUCAGUCAUUUCCUUAUAAACCAUAUUAUUAAAAUAAUUGCGAAACAAUACAAACAUGUUUUAGAUGUUGACUGCAAGCCCGAAAGAAGCUGGUGCUCGCCGCAAGUUUAUCCUUCCGGAAGAGAAAUAUAGCUCUACGAACUUUUUAACUUUAUGGGACUUCGAGGGCGUUUUCAAGUAUUCACCUUUGUUUUACGGAUGGUACACGAACAGCGAUUCGAAAUUAAGAGGAUACAGAAUGCCUUUCGCAUAUUUCGUGACUGGCCUGUGUGUUUAUGCAUACAGUUUUUUUGCAACUUUAAGGAAGUAGGUUAAAAAUAAUAAUAAUAAUUAUACGAUGUUUAAUGUACAAGAAUAAGCAUACAUGAAUCAAGGGUAGUGAAAAUGAAUCGAAUACGGAUAUACAACAUUUAACACAUUUGUCCAGCUACAACCUGAGGAGAUAGCUGGCGGUCCAGUGGUAAAUGUGUAUAAUCCCGUAUUUUCGUUUUUUGCUUUUUUAUUAAAGUAAGUGUAUCCAAUAUUUUUACCUAUGCACGUUUUCACGCACAUAGAUUCCAAAUAUUUGGAUCUGAGGAGCUCUGUCCCUGAUUCUCCUCUUCUGCAAAUUUCGGAAUUCUUUGCAGCUGGUAAGCCCAUGGCCUAAUUGUCUUCAUAUCACUACAUGCUGACUGCCCUGAUUUUUUACCACAGUGGGGACAUGGUGUCU